CUCUUUUGAGCAGCAGAACUUCCGCCUUCACUAUCUAAUUUGCCGUGUCAGCGUCGGAGCUCUGAGCCGGCUCCCUUACUUGCAACGCGCGCCCCUCGAAUCGAUUGAAACGUUCAUCUUCAACAUGGUGUCCCAAACGAGCUUUUCGGGCGCGGGAGAAAUGCAAGGGGUGGCCGGAGUCCACGAGGAUUAUUUUGGCUACAUGGACCGCGACUGGCGGCUUUGCUGCAGUAAGGCGCAGCCGUCAGAAGCUGACGCCCGCUCUGACGGCUCAGGCCGUACCGUGGACGAGGCCACAGAUCUCGAGGUGCUAGCCUAUAUGGCGGCCACUGAUGACAGCUACGUUGACAAGUACCAUAGCCAAUACGAUGAGUACUGCAGCCCGCGAGGCGGAUCCUCCAAUGUAUCGGGUCUGCCGCUUGUAUGCAGCAAUUGCGGAGUGUCCUUCUUCUCGCUGCAGAUUCCUGAUGACCAGGUGGACUGCUACUGCUCGGGUGAAUGCAAGUGGAGUGUCAUCAUGUACAGGGAGAUGGAUCUGCGCAUGUACACGAUGCGGCGUCGACCCGCGCGCCGCCACACAGUGCACAGCACAACCCGUCCGCCCUCGAGCAUUUACGGGGGCAGUGAUGACGAGGAGAGGGACGACGGCAGUGUCGCGUCCUUCAGUUUCAGUGACGACUCGACCGCGGGCUCUUCAUGCAGCUGAUACAGUACAACGUCAAGUCGCACGCGCAGCAGCGGAGUAUUUACUAUUUAAGGUGCCUCAGCACUGCGAAGAAGAGGAGAGGAAGAGGAUGGGUGAGUUGGAGAGAGCCAUGUAGUUCAUAUGCGUGUACUGUAUUAGUCUUUCGUCGUGUGUGUAUAAGAUUCCUACUAUUUUAACUUUUUCUUAUCACGCUUUGCCUUCGCA